AUGAUCCAACCAACUGGUUUCCAUGGUAUGGGGCGUUCUCAAUUCCUUGGAAUUUUCAAUGUACUUGGUUUCUUGGUGUUUCUUUUCUUAGUCUACAAUCACAGUAAAUUUCUCCUAAAACCAAAUUCACAGUCACUUCUUUCCUCUCAAAAAUGGGAAUUGAGAGGCAGGAGAAUUGCUGCUGAUAUUAAUGUUACUUCUUCUACUACUACUGUUUAUGAUACAAAUGUUUUACCACCCAAUGAUGCACAAUUCUGUCCUGGAUUGUUAGAACACAAGGGUUAUAGUAGCAGUUGUGAGUAUUUGAUUGCCCACCCAGAAUGUACUUCACGUGGGCUCUUUCAUUACGUUAGGUUCUUCUAUUGUGAUUGCAAGAAACUUGCUAUGUUGGGCUAUGUAGUUUUGGCCAUAUGGCUUGUUGCUUUGUUUUAUUUGUUAGGAAAUACUGCUGCGAAUUACUUUUGUUGUUCGUUGGAGAAGCUUUCAAAUUUGUUGAGGCUGUCUCCGACUGUUGCUGGUGUUACUUUGUUGCCAUUGGGGAAUGGAGCUCCAGAUGUGUUUGCUAGCAUUGCUGCAUUCGUGGGUAAGGGUGCAGGUGAAGUGGGACUCAAUAGUGUGUUGGGUGGAGCUGUUUUUGUUACUUGUGUUGUUGUGGGUGUUAUAUCUCUUUGCAUAGCGGAGAGAAGAGUUCAGAUUGAUAGGAAAUGUUUUACUAGAGAUAUAUGUUUCUUUUUGUUCACUCUUGUAUGGCUUGCUAUUGUUUUGAUUGUCGGUAAGGUGACUGUUGGAGUUGCAAUAGCCUUUGUUUUGAUCUAUGUAGCCUAUGCAUUUGUGGUUGCUGCGAAUGAGAUUAAGCAUGCCCAGAGAUUGAGAUUCGAUUCCUUAACACCUUUGCUUCCUGUUAAGGGAAGUUUGUUUGCUCAAGGAAGUGAAGAGGAUGAAUCUAUUUAUGCCUCAUUGCUUGACACUGAUUCCAAAAGUGAUGUCCCACAUCUCCAAAAUAAGUUGCCUCAUUGGAUGUGGGCUUCAAAUCUAGCAAUAUAUUCCAAUCAGACCUUGAAGGAAACUACAGAGAGCCCAAAAUAUUUGUGGGGUUGGAAUGAGGAGGAAACGAUGAAAGAUCAUCCUUCCUGCUCUUGUUCAGAACUGUUUUGGUUGCUGGAGAUGCCAUUUACAGUCCUGAGAAGGUUGACAAUCCCGAUAGUUGAGGAGGAAAGGUGGUCUAAAGGGUAUGCUGUUGCUAGUGCUUCAUUGGCACCCAUUCUUCUAGUGCUUUUGUGGAACACACAAGAUGACCUUGGAAUAGUGAAUCGUGAAAUUUGGUCUUGUUUUGGUGUUGUUUCUGGUGGUUUACUUGGUGUUCUUGCAUAUCUGUAUACCAGAGCUGAUGAGCCACCUCACAGAUUUCUAUUUCCUUGGGUUUUGGGGGGAUUUUUUAUGAGUAUCAUCUGGUUCUACAUUGUUGCAAAUGAGCUUGUUGCUUUGCUUGUGGCAUUAGGUGUGAUCUUGGGCAUUAGUCCAUCAAUCCUUGGUUUAACUGUAUUGGCUUGGGGAAAUUCAAUGGGUGAUUUGAUGUCAAAUGUUGCACUGGCAAUGAAUGGUGGAGAGAGUGUGCAGAUUGCCAUGUCUGGGUGCUAUGCAGGCCCUAUGUUCAAUACACUUGCUGGUUUGGGAAUCUCGAUGCUUCUUGGAGCCUGGUCCAGGAAACCUUCAGCAUAUGCAGUUCCCCAAGAUCCACACUCGUUUUUUACAAUAGUAUUUUUAAUGACAGGGCUUAUUUGGUCACUAAUUGUGCUUCCAAGGAAUGACAUGCGUCCUAGCAAGAUGUUAGGAGUUGGCCUUAUAAUCAUCUAUGUAACGUUUCUUAUCUUGAGGGUGAGCAUCUCUAUGGGUGCUGUGUCAGUUGUAGGACUACAUAGCUAG